AUGCCCCAAAACCAAGUCUUCACUCCGGAGGAUUGCGCAGAGUCCCACUUAUCCGACGAAAAGCAACAUCCUCGAGCUCCUCUUCAUCGACGAACAAGUGAUCAAAAAUGGUGGAGAACCCAGUGUAGGAAGGAGCCGGCGAUUGAAGACGACGCUCUUACCGUUUCUUAA